UUUAAAGUGAGACUUCUUCACACUCACAGACCAAGAUCCGACAUCCUCCGUGGCUGGGCUUGCUGGACUCUCUGUGCACCAUGAGAAACAGACAUCUCAGGUUGCUGCCAGGACUCUCAGUGCUGCUGUUGUUGCCAUUGGGAGCUGCAGCCCUGAAUGCUGGAGCCUGUGUUCGAUGGUGCCCUCCAAACCCUCCAUGUGUCAACGCCAACGCCUGUCGCUGCAUUCCAGGACUCAGUUCUGUAUCUCCAAAUAUCAUAUCCAGCCCCGUGGAGAGUUGUGACGACGUCAAUAAGUGUGAAACCCCGUCAACAGUGUCCUGUGGAAAAUUUGCAGAUUGCCACAACACAGAGGGCAGCUACUACUGCACAUGCAGCCCAGGAUACCAGCUUGUUUCUGGGGCAACGUUAUUCUGGAAUGAGAAAGAGAACACGUGUCACGUGAUUUCAACUGACAAGCCUGAGGCCAGUGGAGACGACCAGGACCCAGGAGAAUGCUGUGCCGGGUCUGAGCAGGAUGACAUGGACCGCCCCCAACACACACGCGCAUGGGCACAGUCAGAUCAAUGGAGAAGGCGCCCUUCAGGACCAGAUAGCAACCGAGGGCAUCAUCAGGAACCACUGCCCCAGACCCAACCCUCUCCCAAAGAAGUCGACCCAGGCUCCAAGGAGGCCCAGAACACUGGGGGACAGAAGACGGGCCGCUACUCAGCGGGGUCCAGAGGAACCUUCCCCGCCUGGGCUCCACCCCGUAGAAUCAAGAGCCAGCGUCUCUCCCGCUUCUUUGAAGGAGUCCAGAAACUGCGCGUAGGCUUCCAGUCAGCCUCGAGCCAGGACACCGUCCAGGGUCUCAUGCAUGAAGUGGAUGAUCUGCUGGAGACCCCAGGGGACCUGGAGACCCUGCCCCGCUCAGAGCAGCACUGUGUGGCCGCUAACAUGCUCUUUGGCCUGGAGGAUGUCCUGAGAGGGCUGAGCCAGGCCCUGUCCAAUGGGUCAUUGACCUUCCAUGCACCUGCAGGCACAGAGCUGACCCUGGAGGUGCUGGAGCAGGGAGACAGAAGUAUCUCCUUGAGCCAGAAUCGGGCAAAGAUGCUGCUGAAGUGGGAGACUGCGGGAUCUGCUGACUCAGGCCCUUCUGUGGUGGGCUUUGUCUCCAUCCCGGGCAUGGGAAAGCUGCUGGCUGAGGCGCCCCUGGUCCUGGACCCUGAAAGGCAGGAAGUUGUACGGGAGACACACAAGAACUUGCUGCAGGAAGUCACCCAUGUCCUGCUCUCAGAUGUCGUCACCACCUUCUUCAGCAGCAAUGACACUCAGAACCUCAGCUUCUCAGUCACCUUCAUCUUUAACCAUUCAGUGACCCCUCAGCCAAGGAAGAAGGUGCUCUGCGUCUUCUGGGAGCACAGCAGGAAUGAAAGUGGUCAUUGGGCCACCACAGGCUGCACGAUGGUGGGCACCAGAGACACCAGCACCACCUGCCAGUGCACCCACCUCAGCAGCUUUGCCGUCCUCAUGGCCCACUACAACGUGCAGAAGGAGGAUCCCGUGCUGGAUGUGAUCACCUACGUGGAGCUGAGCCUCUCUCUGCUGUGCCUCCUCCUGGCAGCCCUCACCUUCCUGCUGUGCAGAGCCAUCCAGAACACCAGCACCUCCCUCCACCUGCAGCUCUCGCUCUGCCUCUUCCUGGCCCACCUCCUCUUCCUCACGGCCAUCGACCGAACGGAGAUCAAGGUGCUGUGCGCACUCAUCGCGGGCGCCUUACACUAUCUCUACCUGGCCUCCUUCACCUGGAUGCUGCUGGAGGGCCUGCACCUCUUCCUCACUGCACGAAACCUGACGGUGGUCAACUACUCCAGUGUGAGCAGGUUCAUGAAGUGGCUCAUGUUCCCUGUGGGCUACGGCGUCCCGGCCGUGAUCGUGGCCAUUUCUGCAGCAUCCAGGCCUCAUCUCUAUGGAACAUCAACCCGAUGCUGGCUCAACACAGACAAAGGGUUUAUAUGGGCCUUCCUUGGCCCCGUCUGCACCAUCUUCUCUAUCAACUUGGCUUUCUUUCUGAUGACCUUCUGGAUUGUGAAAAACAAGCUCUCCUCACUCAGCAGCGACGUGUCCACCCUGAAGAACACAAGAAUGCUGACUUUUAAAGCUACAGCUCAGCUCUUCAUCUUGGGAUGCACGUGGUGUCUGGGAAUCCUGCAGGUGGGGCCAGCUGCCCAUGUCAUGGCCUACCUCUUCACCAUCAUCAACAGCCUGCAGGGUGUCUUCAUCUUCCUGGUGUACUGCCUCCUCAGCCAGCAGGUCCAGCAGCAAUACAGGAGAUGGUUCAAAGGGGUCACAAAAACCAAAGCCGAGUCUGAGAAGUACACGCUCUCCAGCAGGGCCAUGCCUGAUGCCUCCAAACACAGUGUGGAGAAUUAAGUGGACAACUAAGCCAGAAGAUCUUGUAUCCUGGAAUAUUCUGAACUUCAUCCUUUGGGCAAAGUGUAUAAAAAAUACUUUUUCAUGUUUGUUGCCAGUUACUCUUCAUGGCACCAUUGUGGGAGAAAGUAUGCAGGAAAUGUUUGACAUUCAGUUGCUGGAAGAUUUGGGUUUUCUCAUCCAUACAGCAUGAUGUCACUCCCUGCAAAGUCAAGGAGCUAUGGCCCAAUUCCUCAGUUGCCUUGGAUUAACCCCCUCUGCCCUAACCUCUUUUCCAACAAAGAUGCUCCUCACUUUGAAGAUCUAUAGUAAGGAAAACCAACCUCAACUGACUUUCUUAAAAUAGCAUAAAAGAGAAAAAUAUUGUUCAACCACCUGCAUGUAGUGUAAACAACUAAUCCAGUUGCCCAACUUUCCUCCCUUUGGUACCAAAUGUCCUACUUCUCAUGAAACACUUGGGCUACAGGUAAACUAAAACAGUUGGCCUCCCUGCAUACAUGCUUCCACUUCUUCACUCUCCAUUUCUAAAUGCUUACUAAUUAUUCAUUCGAAAGUGUAUUUUUAUUACUCACCAUAUGCUACACACAGAACAAGACAGAUCCAAUUCCUGAUUUCACUGAGCUCACAAGUAAACAAUAAUAUUUCUUCUCUUAGUGUGAACCCUGUGGAUAGAGUCUGUGCAUCUUUACGUUUUAUAAGCAGAGCUGUGUAAAAGUGUAUUUUAAUAGUACACAUUAUGUAAGAUGCAUUUGUGUAUAACAUUAUUUCAUCCUCGGCAUGCAGUCUAGGCAAGAUCUAAAUCCAGAGCUGUUACACCUACGAGAAAUUCCCUGUGGGCCCCACUGACCAAAUCUGCAUCAAUUUGAACAUCAAAGAAAAUUACUGUAAAUAAAUAUAACAUAUUAAAUAAAAAUAUGCAUGAAUUUAUGGUGAUAUAUAAAACAUCAGCCAAUAAAUGUAGACGAUGUGAUAAAAUGAGAAUAUCAUGGUUUUUUCAAUAUCCAGUAAAAGGCCACUAAAAGCAUUGGGUGAAAGGCUGCUGGAGGACAGGCUGGUCCCACAGUGACCAAGAGUCCCCUCAGAUUACUGGUUCAUCACAAGGGCCAAGGUGCACGUCUACAGCAUGGAGAUCUGCCAGUCACCAUCUGAACUUAAUGAUCAGGCUCAACAUCAUCAAUACGGGAAACCUGACAUCAGAUAUCUCCUGAGAAGACAUGAAGUUACAGCAUCCCAUUUGUGGUGAAUGAAGAAUUUUGACAAAUCAGUCUAACCUAAACCUAAUCCAGCUUUAGACCAAGGGUAGACAAACUGUAGCAUGCAGGACAAGCACAGGCAGCUAGCUGCUCCUGUGAAUAAAGAUUUAUUGGAGCACAGCCACACCCAUUCAUGGAUGUAUUAUCUAUGGCUGCUCUCACGCUACAGUGUCAGAGUUGAGUAGCUGUGACAGAGACUGUAAGAACGACAAGCUGAAAAUAUCUACCACCUGGCCCUUUAUAGGCAACCUUGCCAGCACCUGUUCUUCCAGAUCUAACCUUCAGUAUACACGGAAUACAGGGGACAGAAGAACAGGUUAAAUGACAUCAAGAGGAAACAGUCAGGCAAAUUGAGAACGUGAGGCAUUCAACAAGCCAUUGGCCUGGACUCUUCUAAAGUCAAUACCGUUUUAAAAAUGACUAGAGGCUGCUUGAGAUUAAGAGACAGAAGCGACAAUACAAACAAAUUCAACGUCAAUUUUAGUGGGACUCUGGUUCAGAUAUACAGCUAUAAAAGGUGUUUUGCAGGCAAUUGGGAUAAUUUGAUUAUGCGUCAGAUAUUAAAAGUUAUAAAAUUGUUCAUUUUCUUGGGUGUAAUAAUCUUA